CUGGACUUCAGACAUCAUUACUGUUAUUCAUUUCCCGGACCAUUGCAGGACAAGACGCACUCGGCGACUGUGUUCGCAGCUUCACAACGAUUCCACCUCCCGCAAUUACUCUGCGCUGGUCAAUCUCGCCCUUUCGUCUCAAGUCGCCGUCCCCCGUAUAUUGCUCGGCGCUUGCAGCCGCAAGUAGUCUUCGGUCUUUCUUCGCGCCAGUUUAAGCAUCAGUGUUGCAUUCUUCACCAUGUCUUCGCAUUCACGAGUAGCAAAGACGCCUCGCGCCAGCGCGACCAGCUAUGGUCAGGUCAUCGAGUACAUCCAAGACAGACUCUACCUCGCCUCGUAUACCCAUACACCAGAUGCGAACACACCAUUCCCUUAUCCCAAGCAGCACGCGUCGCCAUCGAAGCGCUCAUCGCGGGCGCAAGCAGGUCCCACUGCCGCUGGCGCUAAGGCGCUCCCACCUGUGUACUUCAGCAUUGACAAGACUCUGCUGUACAACGCCUUCCACGGCGACUUCGGCCCGCUCCACAUUGGUCACUUGUACCGCUUUGCUGUACAGCUGCAUGAAGUACUUGGCGACCCAGCGAACGAGGAGCGAGCAGUAGUCUUCUGGAGUAGCGCAGACUCAAGGAGCCGUGCCAAUGCCGCUUGCAUCCUUGCUUGCUACAUGGUCCUCAUUCAGUCGUGGCCGCCUCACCUGGCUCUCGCGCCCAUUGCCCAAAUGGACCCGCCUUGCAUGCCAUUCCGCGAUGCCGGAUACAGCCAGGCUGACUACGUUCUCAACAUUCAGGAUGUCAUCUACGGUGUCUGGAAAGCGAAGGAGGAAGGUCUCUGCGGGCUCAAGGAUUUCAGCCUCGAGGAGUACGAGAAAUACGAGCGCGUCGAUAUGGGUGACUUCAACUGGGUCACCCCUCAAUUCCUGGCAUUCGCCUCCCCUCAGCAACAGCCAACUCAUGAGAUCUCCAAGUCGUCGCCGGUGUACGCCACAAUCCCCUCCAACAUCGCCGAGGUUCAGAAGUCGAGCCUGCCCGGACCUUUCAAGAACGUCCUGUCGCACUUCUGCGCGCGCAACAUCGGUCUCGUCGUUCGCUUGAACUCUGAACUCUACUCCUCGACCUACUUCGAGAAGCUGGGAAUCAAGCAUCUCAACAUGAUCUUCGACGAUGGUACUUGCCCACCUUUGUCUCUUGUCCGUCAAUUUAUCAACCUUGCGCACGAGAUGAUCACUGUUCGCAAGAAGGGUAUCGCUGUUCACUGCAAGGCUGGUCUUGGACGAACUGGUUGCCUCAUUGGUGCCUACCUCAUCUACAAGCAUGGUUUCACUGCCAACGAGAUUAUCGCCUACAUGCGAUUCAUGCGUCCCGGUAUGGUCGUUGGUCCUCAGCAGCACUGGCUCCACCUCAACCAGAUGACCUUCCGCGAAUGGUGGCACGAGGACACCAUGAAGGCUAAGUACGCCGAGAUGAUGCCCUCCACACCUACAGUAUCGCCACGCAAGCAGCGUCUGGCAAGCAACGGGCAGACCUUCACACCACCAAAUGGAUCCCAGAGGCGCGCCGCACUUGGAGAGAUUGAGUCAAAUGAACAGCGUAAUGCCGCGCCCUCGAACAUUGGCGUCCAAGAAGACAACCUCCCAGCGCCGACACCAGGUCAGCCCCGAAAGACUAGCAAGCUUUACGGCACUGGCAGCGCAAGACAGUCCCCAUCGCGCAUCGAUGAGAACGAGCCAUUCACCAGAUCCACGACUGAAGUAAGGGCGGACCUCACUCGUUAUGACGGUGAGUCUGACGAGGAGUACCACCUACGCCAAAUUGCGCGGAGAACAUCGUCUCGUUCGCCAGCUCGCACACCUGCUUCGAUCAAGGAGAAGACACGUCGUGCCUUCAGCACAACAUCUGUUGUUCACACGUCGGUAACUCACACAUCGUUCGGCUACGGUGACGGCAGCGAUGCUGAGAAUACCGCACCGGCUACAAUUAGCGGUCGUCCGAAGACACCAAAAGAUAAGAGCGGCAGCGGCAACGGCAACGGCAGCAUCUGCGUCGGAAAAGUUCGUUCAAGCCCACACCGGAGGAGCACUGAGGGCAAGACUAGUGUUCGCAAGACCAGUGGGAGAGUCGGCAGUGUCGGCAGCUCCAUGGUCCGCCCCAAGUCAUGAGCGACGUUCUCCACAUCUGAGUUUCUGCAUCAUCGGUGUUUAGGCACCAAAGGCGUAUUGGCAUCAUCACUUCCAUCAUCAUCAUCAUCGGCAUCUCCUCCAUCUGAGCGAUACCAGCGGCAUGAACAGGUGUUCAGCAUUGUCGAUUCGAUGUUCUACAACAUAUGGCGUCUGACGAAAGGGCGUUUUGGGUCUCAUAGGCGUGUGCGAGGGUCAGCACCUUGCGGGUUAGGUUCCGUAGUCUGGCGUACGGUGUGCUGUUUUCACUCUCCCGAGUCUCUUCUCAGUCACAGCAUUGGUCAUCAUUUCAGUAUUGUCUUGUUGUACUUCUGUCUUGUUUCUCUUUGCGGCGUCUGACUGCGGAUGUUCAUGACAUUAUGAAGAUAAUGA